CAUCCUCCGGGUGCCGGGGUGCCUCUGCCUCCUUCAUUGAUAAAUUUGCUCCACCAGAGCAGGGAACACCUCUGACGCCUUCACACCUGUUCCGCACAACCUCCCCCUCCCUCUCCAUUUCACCAAAACUAAAAAAAAACAAAACGGAGGGAACAACCUGCUCAGGAACAAAAACAAAAAGGCUCUGACAAGAAUGGCUUCCGAUCCAUCGUCACCUGCAGUGGAAGAGAGUGUUGAAGACGAGGAGGAUGAAGUAGACAUGAAUGUGGAAGAGGCUGAGAAUGGAACUGCUGGAAAAAUCAACACUCCCAGGGGGACCUUACUCACUCGCCGUGGGAUUACGCUGCGUGUGCUUCUUAAAGACAAAGUUAUCCAGCCGGGUGAAGGGCUCCUCUCCAUUCACUAUUUAGGAAAGACAUUUGUGGGCGACCUGCUGCCCGACGGGAAGAUCAGGUGGCAAGAAACCAGCCAGGUGUUCAACUCCCCCAGCGCCUGGGCCACACACUGCAAGAAACUGGUCAACCCAGCCAAGAAGUCGGGCUGUGGCUGGGCUUCCGUGAAGUAUAAGGGGCAGAAGCUGGAUCAGUACAAGACCUUGUGGCUGAGGGAGCAACAGCCACCCCUGCAGGCUGUGGAGAUGAAUUUGGCCAGUGAAGGGGAAGAUGAGGAAGUUCCUGAUGAGGAAGACUUUGAGAAUCGUGGCAGAAAGAACUCGAAGUUAAAUAAUCAGGUUAAGAAGGUGGAAGAACAAAACAAGAAGCAAGCUAAAAGCCCUCAAGAUUCCAGUCUAACAGAUAAUGGACACAGCGUAAAGAAAGCUGCCAAAGAUCUUGGCCCCGUUCGAUAUUCUGAGAUUGGGAGCAGAGAUUCUGGGAGGGACCCUCACACACUGGUUGAACUUACAUCGUUCACAUCUAUGAACAAGUUCCAGCCUUUUAACGUUGCAAUUUCAAGCAACGUGCUGCUGCUGGUGGAUUUUCAUUGCCACCUGACGACCAGUGAGGUGGUUGGCUACCUUGGAGGAAGGUGGGACACAAGCACACAAUUAUUGACAGUUCUCCGAGCUUUUCCAUGUCGAGUACGGCUUUCCGACAAGGAUUCUGCCUCUGCAGUUGAAGAAGAGAUUUGCCAGAACCUGUUCCUGAGAGGAUUGUCGCUGGUGGGCUGGUACCACAGUCACCCGUACACGAGUGCGCUGCCCUCCCUGCAAGACAUUGAUUCUCAGAUGGACUACCAGUUAAAACUGCAAGGAACCACUAACAGUUUCCAGCCAUGUCUAGCACUUAUCUGUGGGCCUUAUCAUCAAGGGAACAGCAACUUGGAAUCAAAAAUGUCUCCAUUUUGGGUUCUUCCUCCCCCAGAGCAAAAGCCCAAUGAUUAUGGCAUUCCUAUGGAGGUAGAGAUGACGUAUGUUCAGGAUACAUUUUUGACCUCUGAUGUCCUUCAUGAAAUGAUGCUGCUCCUGGAAUAUUAUAAGACAGCUCCAGACAUUGUGAAGUUUAAGGACAGAUGGAACGAGGAGACAACAUAUUUAGACAAAGUUAAAGGAUCCUUGGCCAAUAAAACACCAAAGGACCAAAACUUUUUAAAAGUUCUGGAACACAUUUAUAAUCAGCUGGAGGCCUGCAGUUAGUUAAACCCAGCUGGAUUAUCGGCAACACUGGAAAGAAACAAAGCUGGAAAAACAGAAGGAAAUAGGAAUGGUAAAUAUGGAAAGAGAUCAUCAGGCAGAAAUACAAAUGUUAUUGUUUAGAGUUAUCUGGUUUUGGAUAGUUUUGUGAUAGAAAUGGAAAGCAAAUAUUGACAUCAGUUUAAGAUUAUGACCUUUUGGCAUCUAACCAAGAUAAAAUGGCAGUGAGCAUUCAGACCAUGAAAUGCUGAGAUCUUCAGUGACACUACAGUCAAGUAAUGGAUUGAAGAAUAUCGUAGGGGUAAUUUAUUUAAUUUCUUUCCUUUUAUGUGCUCUCGUCCUGUGGCUUGUAUCUGGCGCAGGAUGAGCUGGAAAUUUAACAAUGGGUUAGAUGAAGAGGUUAAAUCUGUAAAAGUCUUGCUGAAAGGAGAUGGAAACAGGAGCUACACAGCACUAGUUACUGAUGCCUAGGUGAGGCAGACUGGAGAGAAUUGGCUACGUUGUUUUCAAACUUGAAAUGAGUCUAAUUUGGAAAAGUAUUUCUUUUUUGUUUAGUAUAAUAGUUACCCAUCUGCAUGGGUAAACAUGAGAUUUAUUAGAUUUGCCACUGUCGGAAUAGCCGACAGAGAGUUUUACUACAUCUGCUUCUUUGCACAUGGGUGUAGGUGAGUUCAGGACCACCUUUAACUGGAACAGUGAACAGCAGCAAUCCAUAAUAGUGGGACAUCCGUCAUAUUGUAUACUUAUCUCAGCCCUCUUAACCAUUCACAUUUCCAUUAAGCAGGUACUCUUUCUAACUUCAUGUGCCCUCUCCAUUGAGGUUUCACCUUCCUGAACAGAGAUAUUAAUCAAUACAUAGUUUAUUCACAGUGGCAUCUGAGAAGGGUCAGGCCCAGAAGCUGCAUUCCUCUUCCUAUUUAAUCCUCAUCAGAUUAGUUACUUCAUAAACCCUGGAGUUCACAUCCACAAAGUACCCAGCUGAGCAUGGCUCAGAAAUGCAAUGUUGUUUCCUGACAGAACAGCAAGGGAGAAACAAAAGCAAUGUGAUUUUAGUGAGAUUAUCUCAGUAUGUAUGAAGAACCAAUAGAAAUUGCCAGAAGUUGAUCUUUACAGCUGCUAUGGGUAGGUUUCAAGUGAGAAGACAGGCAUGCACAGGGAAUCAGAGGCACAGGUCCAAGUAUAGUCAGCAUUAUAGCACUCUUGCAAUCCAACUCCCCAGUCAUACCAAAGUAAAAUAAGUAAUAUCUUCAAAGCUGGAGUUCACUGCUGCUUCAGUCUCAAACCCAGCUGGAGAAAUAUUUGUGCAAAGCCUGUAACUGUGGUAAUUAAAAUUAAUUUUAAUGAGGCAGAUAUCUCAAGGGUUUAUCAGCAAGAAACAUUUUGAAACUAGUGAGUGAGAGGGCCAUGUAUUAAUGCAGAGAUCUCCAGGGCGAGGCAAAGAAAACCCCUAACAUCUUACCAGUAUUCAGCAAAUCCUACUGAGCAACAAAACAUCACUCUUGCAUUGUCGGAAUGGAAGAACUUCUGCCAAGUGUUGAUCAGAAUGCUAAACUACUAGAGUUGGAGAGUUCAGAUCAUUCCAAGUUUGCUGUUACUAUUACCAAGAGCUGCAGUGCAGUGGCCUCAGCACUCCUAGAGCCAGCCAGAGAAAGUUCAGCCAGCUUGCACCUUUUAUGGCAGUACUAACUAUUGAAUCAAGUAGCAUGGGACACUCUCUCUGCAGAUUCAUUUGGAAUGGGACCCUUGUGCUUCUGUUGGUGCUUUCUGGGGGAGAGCAAGAAUCUCUGGGAUUGUUCAAGAAUGAAUAUUUAUCUUUAUUUAUAUCAAAAAUGGCAUAAUUUUGGAUGCCACCAUAGUCUUUCUGUGAAGACAUUUUUAAUCAACUCAAAUUGGUCUUCAUACCUCAAAGACUCUUAUCUCUGCUGAUUCAGUUUUAAAAGAGUACAGCCUACCUACUGUGACUUGGGUGACCAUUUGGCCCACUGAAUCUAUGCUAUUUUCAGACAGGUGAAUCCCAAUAAUCAUUUUAAUUUUUUCCCCGUAAUGUUGCAGCUUAACCUCCCAUCUAAUUCUUUUGCUAUUUGACUGCACUAAGGGGACAGUUAACAUACUAGCACUUUGGAAUAUGGAAGGAAUCCAAAGCACUCAGACCCACGUGUUCAUAGGGAGAACAUGCAAAUUCCACAUAGGCAGCACUCAAAAGAUAAGACUGAAUUUGCAUCAUUGGGGCUGAGGCAGCAGUGCUAACUGCUGCAUUCACAGUUCCAACUCACUUGCACACUCCCUCUGAUAUUAAUAAAGCAAAACCUACCACCUCAUACACUCCAUCCUUUUUUAAAAAAGCUGUUUCUUAAAACUGGUGUAAUAUGCAGGGGCUGUUUGUGCCGUUAUAUUCUAGACCCAUAGCCACGAAUACAAAAAUAAUCAUAUUCAAGAUCAGCAAAAGUAUUUUCUUCGACCACCAGGUGGCACUGUGGCGUCCAAUUGGCUGUUGUGCUACUGUAAUUGAAACAAGCUUUUGCAUGCUUUUCUAAACGAAUGUGAUGUGCUGGGUUAAGGCAUGGAAAGACCUCAAAGUUUCCAAAGGACAGUGCAUUACAGCCAGGAAAUAUAGAUUCCCUUAUAACUAUUUUAUCUGUUUAAGAGGAUGCUAGUUAAGCUUACCAUCUGUGGAAACCAGAAAUGCAAAUUCUUGUGUGUGAAUUUUUGUAGGCAUUCCUCUGACAGGAAGUGAACUGCAGUUUUUCCAAAAACAGAUGCGGGUCAAGAAUAGUUUUAGUAAUGCUCUAAUACUUGUGAAUCUUACUGAAAAUGUUUAUACCAUCAGCAGCUCUUCUUGGUAUGAAUAUCAUGGGGUUGAGAGAAGGGAACUGAGGUAAAAUAUUUCUGGUUCCUUUUGGUCCCUGCAAAUGCGUAGCAUUACCAAAAUUAAUUUAUACCACUAUUAUUAGUUAAUUUAUACAGUAAAAUCAAUAGUUUUGUGUACAUUAAAUGUUUACUCAACUCUACAUCUGCAAGUUAAUAUAUACAACCUAAAAUAUGGUCAUAGACUGCAGCCAAAAAUAUUGGGAUUUAGUUAGAAGUGAUGGUCCUUUUACUAACAAUUUUGUUAAUGCUAUCACUAGAUCUGGUAUUGAGAUCAGGUGAUUAAUCAAAUUGGUAGCAAUAAAGCAUGAGCAGUUCUAUUCACAGCAAUGCACAAAGAAUGGACAAAAUGUGUUUUACCAGUAAUUCAGCACUUCAGAAUUUUCCUACUGUCAAUGAAUGACUUUGUAGAAUAACACUUAAGAUUUAUUCAGAUACUACUAUCCUUGGUACCUGAAAAUUACAAGAGUUAACAUUUUUCAACCUAGGGAAGCUGAUGCAAUAAAAAAGUAGCUUAAUUUGGCUGUAGUACUAAUACUUCUAAAAGUUAAAACCAUCUUCUAAAGAUCUCAAAUGGAUUUGAGAGUCAGUUGAGAGGAAUUAACCAUUAACUUCAUGUAGCAAUGACCAUAACAUGUGGGUGUUUAUUGACCGUUCUAAGAUUUUGUUAGAACCUCUUACCUAUAUACCUCAGCUGAAUCUUUGUCAACCAUGCUUACUAUAACUUUACAACUACCUGUCAUACAUGAAAAAUCCUGGCUGUCUAGAAUUUUGUUAGCAUUGUCAGUUGUCACUAUAGGCCUGCUAUAGAAGGUCAGCAGUGUUGGACAUGAGUAAUUCUGAUGUUCUUUUUUGUGUAGCACUUUAAAAUGUAGUCUGUUAUCAGUUGUUAAAAUGCCUGUCUCAUUUCAAACCAGAAUGUGUUUUGAGUUUUAUUUACUUGUCUCUUUAGGAUUAAUAUAGAUUUUAAGUGGGCGAAGAUGGUGUGCAGUAAUAAAGCUGUUACUCCUCAUCUCACUGUAUUAGGCAAGCAGGAUUUCAGGGCCCUAUUCUGACCUCCACUGGAAUAUUUGCGGGAGGAGUUCAGGUCACUAAAUACAGCUUUGGUGCCAAACACACAGGAUUAGCCAUCUGAAUUUCUGACCUCAAUUUAAUCGAGUAGGGCAUUUAGCGAGGACAGGUAUUUAAAAGUUUUAGGGUGUGUA